AUGGCUGGACCGGAAGACUGGCGAUUGUCCCUCUGGUGGCAGCUUCCACCCUAUCUUGGAGCUAUCAUCGUCUCAGCUGCUCUGUUCUUUCCGGUGGCAGUGAUCUAUCGCUUGUACCUCCACCCUCUCAGUCAUGUUCCCGGCCCCAAGCUUGCGGCCAUCACUCCCCUUUAUGAAUUCUACCAUGAUGCCUGUCGUGGAGGGAAAUAUUACUGGCGCAUCCAAGAAAUGCACCAAGAGCACGGCCCAGUCGUGCGCAUCUCGCCCAACGCUGUGCACGUGAAUGAUCCGGAGUUUUUCGACGAGCUGUACAAUGUCGUCGGUCGCCUCGACAAAGACCCCAAGUUCUAUCGCAUGCUCGGCUUGCCCCAGUCGACCUUCCAGACGACGACGCAUGCACUGCAUCGUGUUCGUCGCAAGCCCAUCAGCAAGUUCUUCGCCUCCUCGGCAGUGCCCACCAUCGAAGGUAUCGUGAACAGCAACCUGGAGAAGUUGUGUGCUAGGCUCGAACACUACAGGCAGUCUGGGCAGCCCGUCAGCCUCUCCGAUGCCUUCCGCUGCUUUACGACGGAUGCCAUCUCGGAGUAUGUGCUGCCACACGGCUACAAUCUGCUAGGUCGCGAGGAGUUUGCGGCCAGCUACAAUCAACAGCUUCGAGAUCUGGGGAUCGUUUCACUGUGGAAUAGGACGUUUCCGUUCCUGCUGCCACUGUCUAUGAUGACGCCGAGAUGGAUCGUCAAGCACUUUGCGCCGCCGGGGGCUCUCGAAACGUUCGAUGUGCAGAUGGGCAUCGCUAAGCAAGCCAGGAGUAUUGCGACAUCUUCGGAGCGAAGUGAUAGAACAGUCAUUCACGGCCUCAUGAACUCCGAUCUCCCACACGAAGAAAAAAUGCCCCCUCGGGUUGUGCAGGAUGCUUGGGCUUUAGUGCUGGCAGGGACGGAAACGACGGCCGUAACACUCGAGAAGAUGGUCUUCUACCUCUUGAACAAUCGCGAUCUUUUGCAAACGUUGAAGAAUGAAAUUGACGCUUUCACCGCCCAGGGAGGGAACUUGCAGUCGACAACAGCGCUGCGUAGACUGCCGUAUUUAAAUGCUGUGGUGAGCGAGGGUCAACGUUUGGCGAUUGCAGUAUCAGGUCGUUUGCCUCGGAUCGACAGCAACAUCACUUAUGUUUGUAAGGGGAUCCAAAUUCCCCACGGCACUUCCAUCAGCAUGAGUAUUGCGGCGAUGCAUUACAACCCCGACAUCUACCCUGACCCGGCGCGCUUCGACCCAGAACGCUUUUUACGGCCAGCAGAGAAAGCGCACUCGGAAGCAUACUUGGUGCCGUUUGGCAAAGGCUCGAGAAUGUGUCUGGGCAAAGAGUUUGCUAUCACUACGAUGUAUCUCGCGUUGACGCAGAUCCUUGUGCGUUUCGACUUGGAGCUGUUUGAAACCACGCUGAAGGACAUUGAGAUGGCGCAUGAGAUGUUCGCACCACUCCCAGCCGCGGAUGCUAAAGGUGUCCGAGUCGUGGUUCAGUGA